AUGUUGCCUGAGUUUGUGCCGGAGCCGAACUCGGAGCCAAGGGUACAUGCAGCACCGCCGGAGCUAAAGCCAAGGGCAGAGGGAGCACCGCCGGAGCCGGAGCCAAGGGCAGAUGCAACAUCACCAGAGCUGGAGCCAAGGGCAGAGGCAGGGCCGCUAGAGCUGGAGCCUAGGGCAAAGGCAACAUUGCUAGAGCCGGAGCCAGGGGCAAACAUAGCACCGCCGGAGCUGGAGCUAGGGGCAGAGGCAGCAUCGCCGGAGACGGAGGCAUGGGCAGACACACACCUCCACACCGCCAAAGCUGGAGCUAGGGGCAGAGGUAGCACCGCCAGAGCCGGAGCCAAGGGCAGCACCGCCGAAGCUGGAGCUAGGGGCAGAAGCAGCACCGCCGGAGCUGGAGCUAAGGGCAAAGGCAACACUGCGGCAGAGGCAACACCACCAGAGCCAGAGCUAGGGUCAGACGCAGCACCACCAGAGCUGAAGCUAGGGGCAGAGGCAGCAUCGCCAGAGUCGAAGCUAGGGGCAGAGGCAACACUGUUGGAGCUAGAGCCAAGGUCAGGCGUAGCACCGCUGAAGCUGGAACAAGAGCUAGGGGCAAAGGUAGCACCACUGGAGAUAGAGCUAGGGGUAGAGGCAAGACCGCCGGAGCUGGAGCCAUGGGCAGACGCAGCACCGCCAGAGUUAGAGCUAAGGGCAAAAGCAGCACCGCCGAAGCCGGACCCAGGGACAGACGCAGCACCGUCGGAAGAGGCAAUGGCGGUGGAGGCAGAACCGCCGGAGGAGGCGAUGGAGCCAGGGGCAAAUGAAGCACUGCCGAAGCUGGAGCCAGAGGCAGAGGCAGCACCGUCGGAGCUGAAGCCAAAGGUAGAUGCAGCAUCACCGGAGCUGGAGCCAGGAGCAGAGGCAGUGCCGCUGGAGUUGGAGCCAGUGGCAGAGGCAACAUCGCCGGAGUUGGAGCUAAAAGCAAAGGUAACAUCACUGGAGCCAGGGGCAGAUGCAGUACCGCCGGAGGAGGCAACGACGACAAAGGCAGAACUGCCGAAAAAGGCGGGGGAAGGGGCCUAG